AUGGACUAUACGAUCGAAUUAAAUUGUUUUAUGAUACUUACAUCAUUAAUGAUUAUGGCUUCCAUACAUAAUUUGAUUAAAUCGAUCUUACUUUAUCGCUCGAAUAAUUUAAAAAUAUCAAGUAUAUUAAAGAUUAUUCUCAAUUCAAGUGGUCUCGCAUGCGGUCUAUCCAAUAUUGGAUUAUUUCUUACGAUAAAUACCACUUCUUUAUCGGAAUGUUUGACGAUUACUUAUUUACAAGCUAUAUUAAAUUUCAUAUUUUCAGAAUCUGUCAUCAUUUUCUUAGUCUGGAAACUAAGACAAUUCAGAAAAUCAAAAUUAGAUGAUUACAUCGUAUAUGGUUUACUUUUAAUUAGAAGUUUGUUCAAUAUCAUCUUCAUUGCAUUCGUACGACCACAAGUAGUGAUUUCACCUGAUGUUAGUUUAUGUGAUAAUGACGCACAUUAUGGAAGAUGUUUCUUGUUGAUUACGACUAUAGCUGAUCUUUUGAUUGACCUUUAUGUUGCUUUUCGUAUUAUUCAAUACAUAUUGGGUUAUUCAAUUACAAAUCAAAGUGAAAAACAACAACAACGACCUCAACGUCCUCAUUCAUUCUACAAAUUAAUUGUAUUGAAUUCGUUACCUAUUUUAAUGGCUUUAUUAUAUCAUAUAAAUACAUUAAUUUUCAAGUUGUCGAUCGUUGGUUACAUGAUUAAAAUAGUAAUUUUCAUUAUCUUAUCCUAUGUAAUAACUUUUAUCAUAGAUUUACCAUCUGAAAAAGUUCAUAUAAAUGAAUCUAAUCUAGAAAAUGGAAAUUAUGAAAAAAGUUUUAUUCCAAAAUUAUCAUUAAAUAAUCUUAAAGAACCUUCAAUUCCUAAUGAAGAUAUUGUAUUAAGAGCUUCUAAUGGAAUGUUGGUAGAUAUGCCUUUAAAAAAUGUUCGUGAUGAAAUUAAGAUGGAACAACAAUAUAAAAUUGAAAAGUUGGAUCCUAAUAGUGAUGUUGGAUUAUUAAAACAUUCUUUAUCAUUUUAUGAAGUAAUAUCUGUACUUUUUGGAAAUGAUAAGGAUGAUAAAAGACAAUCUUCUUAA